AAAACACAACAAACAAGCUCUCCCUCCACUCUCUUCUUUUGUAUGCUCGGAGGCUCCGGUUAACGGCGAGCCAUGACGGACGGCCAUCAAUUCAAUAGCAUCUCCCUCGGCGGCCGCGGCGGCACCAAUCCGGGGCAGCUAAAAGUAUAUUCAGGGGGGAUUUUAUGGAAGAAACAAGGAGGUGGGAAAGCAAUUGAGGUUGAUAAAGCAGACAUUGUUGGGGUGACAUGGAUGAAGAUCCCAAAGACAAAUCAAUUUGGUGUUCGAACUAGAGAUGGGUUGUACUACAAGUUCGUCGGAUUCCGAGAUCAGGAUAUCACUAGUUUGACCAAUUAUUUCGAAACUACUUGUGGGAUAGUAGCAGAGGAGAAGAAGCUUUCUGUAAGUGGGCGUAACUGGGGAGAAGUGGAUUUAAGUGAUAAUAUGCUGUCUUUCUUGGUUGACUCUAAACAAGGAUUUGAGGUAUCUUUGGCUGAUGUCUCACAAACACAGCUUCAGGGGAAAAAUGAUGUCACCUUAGAGUUCCAUUUGGAUGACACCGCUGGAGCAAACGAGAAAGAUUCGUUGAUGGAAAUAACUUUUCACAUUCCCAACUCCAACACUCAGUUUAUGGGUGAUGAGAAUCGUCCUCCUGCUCAGGUAUUUUGUGACAAAAUCAAGACAAUGGCAGAUGUUACUCCUGGAGAACAAGAUGCUGUUGUCACGUUUGAGAGUAUUCAAGUUCUCACACCAAGGGGUCGCUACAAUGUGGAACUUCAUCUUUCAUUCUUGCGGUUACAAGGACAGGCUAAUGAUUUCAAAAUUCAGUACAGCAGUGUUGUUCGCCUCUUUCUCCUUCCUAAGUCUAAUCAGCCACAUACCUUUGUUGUUGUUACUCUUGAUCCACCUAUCCGUAAAGGACAAACACUGUAUCCACACAUUGUUUUGCAGUUUGAAACCGAUUAUGUAGUUGAAAGUGAACUGGCGAUAAGCGACGAUCUUUUGAACGGCAAGUACAAAGACAAGUUAGAACCAACUUAUAAGGGACUAAUUCAUGAUGUGUUCACCAAAAGUCUGCAUGGAUUGUCUUCUGCUAAAAUUACAAAACCAGGGAAGUUCCGCAGCUGUCAAGAUGGUUAUGCUGUGAAGUCAUCUCUGAAAGCUGAAGACGGAGUUCUAUAUCCUCUGGAAAAGAGCUUUUUUUUCCUACCCAAACCUCCUACCCUUAUUACGCAUGAUAUGGUUGACUAUGUGGAAUUUGAGAGGCAUGGUGCUGGAGGCUCGAAUAUGCAUUAUUUUGAUCUUCUCAUCAGACUUAAAAGUGAGCAAGAACAUCUGUUUAGAAACAUUCAGAGGAAUGAAUAUCAUGCCCUUUUUGACUUCAUCAGUUCUAAGGGUAUCAAAAUCAUGAACUUAGGAGAUGCCCAAGUAACAGAUGGUGUGUCUCCUCUUCUUGAAGUGGCAGAUGAUGCUGAUCCUGAUCCACAUCUUGUUCGCGUACAGGAGGAAGCUGGAGAUGAAGAUAGUGAUGAAGAGGACGAAGAUUUUGUUCUUGAGAAGGAUGAUGCAGGUUCACCAACUGAUGAUUCUGGGGAUGAAGGUUCUGAUGCUAGUGAAAGUGGAAGUGAGAAAGAGAAGCCUCCUAAAAAGGAUCCCAGGAAAGAACCUUCAACUUCAAAGGUGUCAUCUUCCAAGAAAAAAUCAAAAGAGGUUGACGAAGACGGCCCAAAGAAGAAAAAACAGAAAAAGAAGAAGGAUCCAAACGCACCCAAAAGAGCGAUGUCUGGUUUCAUGUUCUUCUCGAAUAUGGAGAGAGAGAAUGUGAAGAAGACCAACCCUGGCAUUGGAUUCACGGAUGUGGGAAGAGUGCUCGGAGACAAGUGGAAGAAGAUGUCAGCGGAGGAGAAAGAACCAUAUGAAGCAAAAGCCCGUCAAGAUAAAUUACGCUACAAGGAUGAAAUUAGUGGCUACAACAAGAGCAGCACCCCCCAACCCAUGGAUGUGGAUUCAGGGAAUGAAUCUGACACUGAGUAGAUUUGAAGUAGAAACAAAAUAGCCAGUUAUAUUUUGUUGGUCGAUUUUUGUUUGCCUCUUUUGUACUGUGAACAUAUGAGCCUGUCUUUUCAUUAACCGACUGAAGUGGCCUCGGCCCUUCCUCGGCUCUCCUGAUUCCUGGAAGUAUGCUCCAUUCUCCAUUAGAUCACCUUCCGACCUCCAUUGCCAUGUCUUCCACACGGCCUCGAUCGUGUACUGUUGGUGACCUCCUUUAGUUUAGGGUCUGGUGGGGCGAUGUAGCGGUUGCCCGGUCUAAUGAUGGUGGGGUGUAGUCAUUAUUCACAACGCGGACGAAGCCAUGUCUGCACCUCGGCAUUCUUUGGAUCAAUCCCUUCCCAAAGUUGAACGAUAUUGGAAAAAUGGUAUUUUCAUUCUUUUAUUUAACCAAUUUAAAUAAGAGAAUUUAAGUGGGAUCCACUUAAGAUUAAUGAAAGACGAACUUAGUAUUGUGUUUCCAAUAUGAGGGCUACGAGAAAUAGUCACCAAUGACUAGUUGAAUUGGAAGAAAAUAGUUUUGUCCCACCUGAGAAGUUGUGUGUGCUCGCACGGAUAUCGCUCCGGCCCAGUUUCCUUUUGCAUCAAGGAAUUCUUUUUAGACUUCUCAUUUUCCACUAAUUGGUCGCAUUCUG